AUGAUCUUUUGGAAGAUACAAUCAAUGAAAUCAAAUCACAUAAUUGGGAGCUCUCUAGUGAUCAAGAAAUCAACAACAUCAAAACAAGUAUCACUCAUAACAAGAUCACUUGGUCGUGGUGUUGAUUUCAUUGUCAAUGAUGAUAAAGUGAUUGAUAAUGGAGGUGUUCAUGUCAUUCAAACAUUCCUUUCUAAACUCACUGAAACUGAUAAGAUCGGUUCAACAAAUGGAUACAUUUCAAAACGAGAUUAUACAGCAUUUGAAGAUAUCUUUUCACUCUUUGGUGUCACUGAUAAGAUUACCUAUUCCACUUUUGAAGAUCUUUGUGGAGUUUUGAUUACAGAAGGAGGUGAUGUCAGAACUCUUACAAAUCAAUUCAUUAAUAACAAAUUAAACCAUCUCAUCUAA